CCUCCUCCCUCUCCGCCCUCCAUCUUUUUCCCCGAAUGCGUCGGAGAAGAAAAUGGAGAACCUGCUGCCAAGUUUCAUGAAAGAACUAAUGCCGGAGAGAGGGAGGAUAGGGGCGGUGAACAUGGAUUAUGAAUGGAAUAGUAAGGCGGUUUCCGACAGCGGGGAAUCCAUCGUCCACGUCAAGUGGGAGGAAGCCUCGGAGCUCUUGGAAUGGAAAGAUCUGUUCCCGGAGUGGAUCGACGAGGAGGAGGAGAUGGACGGCGCCACUUACUGCCCCGAGAUCCCAAUGCCGGUGUUUGCCGACUACCCCCGCGUGUUCGACUUGGUGGUGGCGAAACUGCCGUGCAAUAAAUCCUCCGGCCGAGACGUGCGGAGGCUGCAACUUCACUUGAUCGCCGCCAACUUGGCGGAGAAGAGAGGGAGGCGGGACCGCCGCCGGAGGGUGAAGGUGGCGGUGCUCAGCGAGUGCAGGCCGAUGGUGGAGAUUUUCCGGUGCGAUGAUCUGAAGAAAAGGGCGGGAGAUUGGUGGUACUUUGAGGUGGAUAUCAUCAGGCUAGAACAUAAACUUGGGCUGCCCAUUGGUUCUUGUAAUUUGGCUAUGCCUCUUUGGGAUAAAGGCGUAGAUGAAGCGUACAAUAUUUCGAAUGUGGAACAAGACGGAAAGCCGUUAUCUUUAACGGCAAAACGAGAAGCAUACGCCACGGUGCUCCAUUCCACGGAAGCUUACGUUUGUGGCGCCAUAACUUUGGCCCAAAGCCUCCUCCGCACCGGAACCAAACGCGACCUUAUCCUCCUCUUGGACAACCGGAUCUCCCCUUCCAAACGCGACGCUCUCGCCAGAUCCGGGUGGAAGCUCCGAUUCAUCAGCCGGAUCCGGAACCCUAGAUCCGAGAGGGGCAGCUACAACGAGUACAACUACAGCAAGUUCCGGCUAUGGCAGCUCACCCGCUACGAGAAGAUCGUCUUCGUCGACUCCGACGUCCUCGUCCUCCGCAGCAUCGACUUCCUCUUCCGCUUCCCGCAGAUGUCCGCCGCGGGAAACGACGGAUCUCUGUUCAACUCCGGCGUGAUGGUGAUUGAGCCUUCCGACUGCGCGUUCCGCAUGCUGAUGCAGCGCCGGGAGGAGAUCGUCUCCUACAACGGCGGCGACCAGGGGUUCCUCAACGAGGUCUUCGUCUGGUGGCACAGGCUGCCGAGGCGGGUGAAUUUCCUGAAGAAUUUCUGGUCCAAUUCCUCGGUCGAGUCCGGUUUGAAGAACCAGCUGUUCGGGUCGGAUCCGCCGGAGCUAUACGCGAUUCACUAUCUGGGGCUGAAGCCGUGGCUCUGUUACCGGGACUACGACUGCAAUUGGGACAUCGGGGAUCAGCGCGUGUACGCGAGCGACGUGGCGCACCGGACGUGGUGGAGGCUCCACGACUCCAUGGAUGAGAGGCUGCAGAGAGAGUGCGGAUUGUCGGAGCAGAGGAAGAUUGAAUUGGAGUGGGAUAGGAAUGAGGCUAGGAGGAUGGGGUUACAAGAUGAGCAUUUGAAGGUCAAUAUUACUGAUCCUAGAAGGUUUAAUUAAUUGAUAAUCAAGUUCACAUUUUUCC